AUGUCGCGGCACGCGUGCUCUGCUGCGCGAUCGGCUGCGCGCCCGUUCAUUGUCACGCCGCGCCGCUGCCGAUCGUGGAGGAAGCCGUCGACGCGUUGCGCAGUCGCGGCUCGGCACUCACGACGCAGCAGCAGGUCGCGGCCGCGGAUGCGCUGCUAAAGGCCGCCGACGCGUACGGCGGCGUCGUGUCGCUCGAGCGCUCGAACGUAGCUACGGCGCUCGGCAAUGCGCCGUCGCGCGGCGUCGUGCUCGUCAAGGACUCGAACGUGCGCGGCGUGCUGACCGUCACGGCGCUCGAACAAACGUCACCGCUCUUUGCGGGCGGCCUGCGCGUCGGCGAUCGCGUCGUCGCAGUCGACGGCCGCCCUGUCGCCGACGCCGCGUCCGCGCGCGCGGCCGCCGAGUCGGUCCGCGCCGCGUCGGUUCUGCGAGUCGAGCGCGGCUCCCGCAAGUUUGACGUCGACGCGACCACGACGCCACAGGCGGCCGCUGUUUUGCGUUCGCCGGCGGCGACUGCCGUCGACGUCGACGGAGUCAUAGUGCUACGCGUCGCCUCGUUCACCGACGGCGUCCGCGACGAAUCGGCGAGGGCGAUCCGAGCCGUUGCCGCUGGCCGCAAGAGCGCUCCGUACGUCAUCGACGUGCGGUCGAACCCCGGGGGGUUCGCCGACGAGGCCGCCGCCACGUUUGGCCUCUUCGCGCCGGCGGCUACGCCGUUCGCCACGGCCGUCGGACCAAAUGGAGCCGUCGCCGCUAAGUACGUCGCAUCGGCGCCUCCAACGGAGCUGGCCGUGCCGGCGCCGACCGCUCUCGCGGUGCUUGUUGACGAAGACACGCGCUCGGCCGCCGAGCUCUUCGCCGCGGCCGUGCGUGCGCAGGGCGGCACCGUCGUUGGCCAGACGACCUUUGGGAAAAGAAGUGCCCAGAGCUUAGUGCCGCUGCGGGCCGCUCCGAACUACGCGGUCCGCAUGACGACCGCACGAACGGUUGACGCUACGGGCGCCGACGUCGACGGCAUGGGCGUCGCGCCCGACUUGGCCGCUGGCACACCGAGCAGCGCGCUCGACGAGCUACUACUGCGUCGCGGCGCCUUUUUCGACUUUGCGACGUACUUUGAUCGAUUGAAUCCGGGGCUCGACGAUGCGAAAGUCGAGACGGUCCUGUCGCGCGACGGCGCGAAGCUGUGGCGAAGUUUUGUGAAAUCGUGGAACGGAGGCAUCGACGACGACGACGCGCUGCCCGACUACCCGUCGAGUGUGCAAACGGCAGCCGCGCGAGCCGCGCAAAAGCAAUUGACGCGGGAGCUCGUGGCCGACGCUACUUCCAGGCGCACCCUACCGCCGCGCGCCGUCGAGGCAGUCCUGGCGCGGAGAGGAGCGAUCCCAUCGCGCGCCGCGACGGCCGGCGACGACGAAGCGUUGCGGCUCGCGCUCGACGUCGUCCGACCGCGGGACGGCUUGUCCGCAGCGAGACUCGCCCGACUCGACGCGUCGAGGGCGGCCGCGUCGGACCGACCACCCGCGAGGACGUCCCAAACGGUCGUGGGCUUCGACCCCGACGCCGAGUGCCUGCCGCUGCAGACGUGCGACGCGCGGCGCUACGUGUAUGUUGUUGAACCCUAG